GUCCUCUUGUUAUUCCAGAUAUAAAUCUCCUGGUUACAGCGCUUCGAUGGCUCCUUGUAAACAUUGACGAUGGCUGACUGGGACUCAACUUCAGGCGAAACAAAUCGUGCUACUGCUAUUGUCGGAAUAUCGGUCGAAUUCCCUGGUGGACCAACGGUCUCUGAAAACCUAGGCUACGCAGAUUUCUUCGAGUUUCUUUUGAACCAGGGCUCGGCAUAUGAAACGAUUCCCACUGAAAGGUUUGAUAUUAACGCUUGGCACGGAACGAACACUGGAGACGUGAUAACGAAGACAGGUACCUUCCUCAAGUCAAUAUCCCUUUUCGAUCAUCUCGAAUUUGGUAUCACAUCUCGAGAUGUCGCAUCUAUGUCUGUGUCCACACGGAAAUUGAUUGAACAUAGCUUUUUGGCGCUCUUGGAUUCGGGGAUCGAUUACCGAGGACGGAACGUCGGAUGCUACAUGGCAUCCACCAUGGAUACCUCAUUUACUGCUGAUACUGCCAACAUCGAGGCGGCCGGUUCAUUUGCUGGUUAUCCAUACAUGACCGCAAACAAGGUUUCUUAUCACCUGGAUCUCAGAGGGCCCUCUAUACCCACAACCACUGCUUGUAGCUCCACUGCAUCAGCACUAUACCUGGCUGUUCAAGCGCUUAGGCUGCGAGACUGCGAGUCUGCAAUUGUUGGUGGUUGUCAGCUUAACUAUCGCGUAGAGGAUUGGAUUCAGUACAGCGACGGAAAAGUAUUGUCCGUUGACGGAAGGUGUAAACCGUUUGAUGCAUCAGCCGAUGGUUUCUCCCGAGGCGAGGGUGUUGCUGUAUUGGUCAUUAAGCAACUAGAUGACGCCCUUCGAGAUGGAGACUAUAUUUAUGCAUCGAUUCUAGGUGUAGGCGUGAGCUCGACAGGAUCUGCGGGACCUGUCAGCGCUCCCGUUGCAGAUUCUCAGAACGAAGCAAUGCGCCGAGCUUUUGCUGGGACUGGCCGGCAUCCGUCAGAAGUUGACUUUGUCGAACUACAUGCUACGGGUACUGCGGCUGGUGACCCAGCAGAAGCGAACUGGAUUAGCAGGAGCUUUGUGCGCGACGACAUCCUACCAGUCGGAAGCGUCAAGGGGAACAUCGGACAUCUUGAAGUUCCGUCCUUCUUCGCCGCCGUAUCGAAAGUAUGUUCGAUGUUCCAAACAGGGCUCAUUCCGCCGACUGUAGGUAUCCAAACACUCAACCCUGCCAUUGAUUGGACAAAUAUUACUGUACCAACCAAGGUUUCUCCACUGAGAGCCCGUAAUCCAUCUGGUCGCCCUCUGGUGGCUAUCAAUACCUCAGGGAUAGGUGGGGCCAACGCUCAUGCCAUAUUAGAGGGUCCUCCAUCAUGUGAUGACUCGAGUCAGGGUGGAGGCCUAAGCGGUCCCAUUCUUUUCGUAACCGGAGGAUUAUCUCCCCGUUCUGCUUCAUCUAAUGCUGAGGCUUUGGCUCAACUGGUCUUGAAAAACACUAGUCUGGCACGCGAGAUUUCAACCACUUACGGUAGACAAGCUCGUCAGAUGACCUGGCGUUCAUAUGCGGUCUUCAAAUCCGAAGCCGAUACCUUGACCUUCUCUUCCCCGGCAUUAUGCCCUCGCCAUUCGAAUUGUUCUCCUGUUGUCUUUGUCUUUUCAGGACAAGGGCCGCAGCAUGUUGACAUGGGUCACGAGCUCUUCAAGACGUAUCCAAUUUUUCGUGAAAGCGUUCUUCGGAUGGAUGCCAUCUAUAAAGAAGUUGUGGGCCAAUCUUUGAUACUUCAGACAGGUCUUUUUUCGAACUCGAAGAAGCAUUUCCAGCGUAACGACGGUCUCUGGCCUAUCGCCAUCACUCUACCCUCGCUCGCUAUCUUGCAGAUGGCACUUGUCGAUCUUCUUCAAAGUGUAGGUAUCAUUCCUGAUGUCAUAUUUGGACAUUCGGCAGGCGAGACUCCUAUGCUCUACGGCGCGGGGGUCGCAAGCCAGGAAAUGGCCGUCAAACUUGCAAUCGCCAGAGGACGAGCGCUGAGUCUUGCUGAGGACAUGGGCGGCUGCAUGGCUGCUAUGAGCUGCAGCUCCACUCAAGCAGAGAGGUUUAUCCAGACUGUCAAGCAAGAUAUACCCGCGGCAUCUGUACUCGAGAUUGCCUGUCUCAACGGGCCCGACGCUGUUACAAUAAGCGGACACGCAUUCUUAGUCGAACGUGCGAUCAAUAUAGCUCGAGCUGAGGGCAUCUUUGCUACAAAGUUGCGUAGCUCGGUGCCAGUUCAUUCCACGCUCAUGGAAUUGUGUCAAGAUCAGUUCAAGGACCUGGUUUCUCAGGUGUUCGAUGCACAUCCAACUGCGGUUCCGUCCUUACCUGUAUAUUCGACCGUCACAGGUGCUCAACAGAGUGAGCCUUUCACAUCAGAAUACUUCUGGAAGAACACCAGGCAGCCUGUCUUAUUCUCCUCCACUGCCGCACUAGUCAUGAAGAACCAUCCAGAUGCGAUAUAUAUCGAAAUUGGUCCGCAUCCCGUCCUUGCUACGUACUUGGACAAUCCACGAGCAAGAACAGUCCUAUGCCCAUUGGUCCGACCACGCUCUUCCGAUCCCAAACCUCCCAACGAGCCGUAUACAUUUCUCGAUUGUCUGGGACGGCUUGCAGUUCUAGGCUGCAAACACGCAGGCAUUGAUUUCAGACAACUGAAUAUGCAUUCGGGGUCACCGAAAAACGUACCUACCAUCCCUUAUCCAUUCCAGCGCAAGCACAUUCCCUACUACCGCGGUCCUUCGGCGUUAAUCACGCUUGAAAACAACGUACGGAAAACGCGUCAUGGGCCUCUGGGCCAGAGCAACAUGAACAUCAGUGCCUCUACACACCCAAGCUUGGUUGAUCAUGUCAUCUGCGGUGAACCAGUCAUGCCGGCUGCUGGAUACAUAGAAAUGGCACUUGCGUCGGGUGGCCGAGUUUUAUGGAACAUAUCCUUCGAAGGGAUCAUGCCAUUGUCCAGGAAUACACGUCCAGUUAAAUUCCAAUUUGAGGGCUGCCAGUGGACUGUUUCGUCGGCUGUGAUCAGCUCUAAGGAUUCGGUGACACAAGGUCAUGCUACGGGGUACAUGUCGAAGGCUAGCAUGCAGCGACCACCAGACCUUGACAUCAAAGGGUUUCAAUUUAGAAGUGAGAAAUCGGACGUGAAUAAUUUCUAUGAAACAAUGUCGUACUUCGCACAGUAUGGGCCCAUGUAUCGACGGGUAGUAGCGUGUUGGAAGGAUAAGCAGGAAAGUCUCAUUCAAGUCAUGGGAGCCGAUGAACAAAUGAUAUCUGACGGAUAUGUUCUCCACCCCGCAAUCUUGGACUCCUGUAUACACUCCACAGUCCACCAUCUUUUUACGGGGAACAUGGAUCCCACUUCGUAUUUUCUUCCAUCCGGGGUGGACAUUGUGACGCUCUACGACGUGCCGGCACCGAAUAACCUUCAGAAGCCCCUCUAUGCCCAUAUUGUCCGACAGAAUUGGUCGCCAGAGACCAUCACCUUCAACGUUAACAUCGUCGAUGAUGUUGGCCAGCACAUCCUUGGGCUUUUAGGUCUUCGAGUGGAACGACAUUAUCUCUCGCCUACCAAGCCGCCGUCCCGAUCCUUCGAUAUGAUCCACCAACCAUAUGGACUACCUGUGCUGUUAACAUAUGAUGAUGGUGGCACAGCGCAUACUUCAGAAUAUACCUCUUGUCCUGAACCACAUAUGGACGACAUCGGCCACAUCAGCAGAUCGGGAAAAAAGUUGCCGUGGAUUGCGGCGACCACGAUCCGGCAUAAUUCUUAUCCGCCUUGUCAAGGCCUUACAAGCCCAUAUAACCGAGGCACGAUGUUGCGACCUCUUUGUAUGCUAUUAGAAACCCCCAUAAUGAUAUGUUAGCCUUCAAGAUUGCAUAGGAUUAUUUUUAUCCCGUACAUUGCUACCAUAAGCUCAAUAAAAUACGGUCUGGCUUACACAAACUGGUUGUAAAGU